CACUGCAUGCGGAUGAGGAAGUGCAUCUUGUCAGCUUUCCCCGGUGACGCUGCAGCCUGAAUGGAGUCAGGAGGAGUUCUAGGGGGCAGAAAAUAAAGAGCUUGUACCUGAGCCACGGAUCACCUGUGAGGAGAACACAUCUGUUGUCUACAACUGUCUUCCAUCAGCAAAAAGGAUGGCGUACAGAGGAAGUGUUAGACCUUUCGUCAACUUCAACGCCAAACACGAUGCUGAAAUCCUCCAUAAAGCCAUGAAAGGAAUCGGUACGGAUGAAGAUGCAAUCCUCAUGCUUCUGACAGCCCGCAGCAACGACCAGCGCCAGCAAAUAAAGGCAGCGUACAAAAAGGCAUACGGAAAGGACUUGGUCAGCGCACUAAAAUCUGAGCUUGGUGGGCUGUUUGAGAGUCUGAUUGUGGCCCUGAUGACCCCACCCAUUUCAUAUGAUGCUUCCCAGCUGCACAAGGCUCUCAAGGGUGCUGGGACUGAUGACGACGUGCUGAUUGAGAUCAUGUCCUCCAGGACCAGCGAACAGAUGAAAGAUAUCAUCAAAGUGUACAAGAAAGAGUUUACCAGCAAGCUGGAGAAGGAUAUCUGCGGUGACACCUCAGGGCACUAUCAGAAACUACUGGUGAUCCUCCUGCAGGGGAGCAGGGAGGAAGGGGUAGACGAGGCAAAGAUCGAGAAAGACGCUAAGGACUUGUAUGCUGCUGGUGAGGGCAAGUUUGGCACAGAUGAGGAAAAAUUCAUCACAAUUCUUGGCAACAGGAGCGCAGAACAUCUCAGAAAAGUGUUUGAUGCCUACAAGAAGCUCUCUGGCUCUGAAAUAGAGGACAGCAUUGAAGGGGAGACCACUGGGAAUCUGGAGAACCUGCUGCUAGCUGUUGUGAAAUGUGCCAGGAGUGUCCCAGAUUUUUUUGCUGAAGGCCUGUAUAAAUCUAUGAGGCGCGCUGGAACUGAUGACAACACCCUGAUGAGGAUAAUGGUGUCGAGGAGUGAGGUGGACAUGUUGGACAUCAGAGCCAGCUUCAAAAAGAUGUAUGGAGCGUCUCUGUACUCCACUAUCCAGGAGGACACAACUGGAGACUACCAGAAGGCUUUACUCUACCUCUGCGGUGGAAAUGAUUAAUGCUGUUUUAUGAUGAGUUUAGCAGCACUGAAUGAUGAGCCACGGCGUUGCUGUGAUACAAAGCUACACAUGAGAUGAGGUUAUUGAUCCGGAGUUGUUGAUUCUUUCUGACUUUAGCUUGCUAUUGAUUGAGUGUGAAUUACCCGUUUGUCAUUUUGACUUGUGAUCAUAAUCGCCUGCGUGAACAGCAGUUAGAGUGCAUUCACAUGAAAGUUAUUUUGUGUUUUGUUUAACAUUAUUUAAACAGCUCCGCCAGAGUAAUGAGUAGGGGGUGCAGUUUUGAUUUUAACGUAGAGAAUAAAUGUAGCCAUGUUUGAAAUGAUUAAA